AUGCGAGCUCCAACAUUCUCAGGCGCCCCGAGGAGGCCAUCCGUGAAGUUGCGAGGGGCCGGCAAGGCAGGGGAGAAGGGCCCCCAACCUGAAGGGGGGCCCUCUGCAGCUGACGCCGAUGCAACGCCGGCUGCAGAGUCUCUUACAGUGUCAAUCACCGAGGAAACAGCAGCCAGCACCAACAGCAACAGCAGCAGCACCAACAGCAACAGCAGCGGCACCAACAGCAACAGCAACAGCAGCACCAACAGCAACAGCACCAACAGCAACAGCAGCAGCACAACAGCAACAGCAACAGCACCAACAGUAACAGCAGCAACAGCAACAGCGACAGCAACACCAACGGCAGCAGCACCAACAGCACCAACAGCAGCAGCACCAACAGCAACAGCAGCAGCACCAACAGCAGCACCAACAGCAGCAGCGACAGCAGCACCAACAGCAGCAGCCCAACACCAACAGCAGCAGCAUCACCAACAGCAACAGCAGCACCAACAGCAACAGCAGUAGCACCAACAGCAACAGCAACAGCAGCACCAACAGCAACAGCAACAGCAGCACCAACAGCAGCACCAACAGCAACAGCAGCACCAACAGCAGCAGCACCAGCAGCAACAGCAGCAGCAGCAACAACAGCAACAGCAGCGGCAGCAACAGCAGCAACAACAACAGCACCAACAACAACAGCAGCAGCAACAACACAAACAACCGCAGCAGCACUGGCAGCAACAGCA